UAUAACUAGGCCCAGGCUCUGCAUCCUCAGCUUACUCCACCUUCUUCUUCGCGCGACUUGUCCAGCAUCCCCUCUGCCCAUCCCCCCAUCGCCCACCCGCCCCCGCAGACACCGCCAUCCAUCCCUUCCACCCACCCACGCCCUGCUCCUCCCUCCCCACCCGCAAUUUCCACUUUGCCCUCCCGCCUCGCUUCGUCCCCUGCGCCGGCCCUGCCUGCAGAUGAGCGCUGCCCACGACCGCACACGAUAAACACAGCGCCCGUCCCGCGAACACCACGCCCAGCUUAGGACAGCAUGUAUAACGCACAUCGCGGCAUGCCGCCCGGCGCGCAGCCCGCGAACCGCCUUGCCGAGCUCCUGGACCAAGUGAGGGCCGAGUUCGAGGCGCAGGCGGCCGGCCGUAGCAACGAUCAGGAACACCAGCUUGUAGUCCAGGCCCAGACCAACGAGAUGAACCUCGUCGUGCAGAGGCUGCGUGAACUCGAAGCCUCGCACCAUUCUAUAAAACAGAGGUACGAGGACGAGAUCGCGCGGCUGCAUCGCGAACUCGAGCAGCGUAGCGGGCCGCCUCAGGUCCAGCAUGGUGGUCCAUCUCAGCCCCCGCCUCCGGCCAUCGGCCACGGUCCCGCCAACCUCUUCCAGGGCAUAAUGGCAGGUGGAGGCCAAGGCGGCCCCGGCCUCGCCCCGCCGCAAGAGCAGCAAGGCCAACCAGGCAUGCCGGGCCAUAUGCAAGCCGGCCAGCCUCCGCCAGGCCUGAACCAGCAUGCCCCUGCGCCUCAGAACCCCUUCGGAUACGGGCAGCCACCGGGCCCAAGUAUUAAUGGCUAUCCAUCAUCGCUGCAGAAUGCCUCUCCCGCACAAGGCAUCGCCCGCCCCACCCUGCCCAUCGACCGAAAUGCGCAGAUUGCCCCCGACUUCCAAUACUCUCUCGCCGAGAUUGAGCGCAUUGGUAACCAGCUCUCGGAGUUCGAGAUUGAGAAGCUUCCACCCAAUCUCAAAACCGUCAGUGACGAUGAUUGGCACGUGCUCUACAAUCCCAACCCCCACGUCCCACGCUCGCUGGAUAUUGAGCUCGUCCACACCCUGAACCACUCUAGCGUGGUGUGCUGCGUACGAUUCAGCCACGACGGGAAGUUCGUCGCUACUGGUUGCAAUCGUAGCGCCCAGAUCUACGACGUCGCCUCCGGGCAGCUCGUCAGUCAGCUGCAAGAUGACACCGUGUCACAAGAAGGCGAUUUGUACAUUCGGAGCGUGUGCUUCAGUCCCGAUGGGAAGUACCUCGCUACCGGCGCAGAAGACAAGAUCAUUCGCGUUUGGGACAUCUACAACAAAGUCGUCCGUCAUUCAUUCAGCGGACACGAGCAGGAUAUCUACUCUCUCGACUAUGCCCGCAAUGGCAAGAUCAUCGCAUCUGGCUCUGGCGAUAGAACUAUCAGAAUCUGGGACUUGGAAGCCGGUGCUUGCCACCUGAGCCUCUCCAUCGAAGAUGGCGUCACCACUGUCGCCAUGUCCCCUGACGCGCGCUAUGUCGCCGCCGGCAGUCUUGACAAGAGUGUCCGCGUUUGGGAUACCCAGAAUGCCUUCCUGGUCAUGAGAACGGAGGGAGAGACCGGGCACAAAGACAGUGUCUACUCUGUUGCCUUCAUGCCGAAUGGCCGCGACUUGGUGUCGGGCUCGCUUGACAGGACGAUCAAAUUGUGGAGAAUCCCGGACCGAGCGAACAUGAGCCAAACAAGCGGGGAGUGCUUGAGGACGUUCGAGGGACACAUUGACUUCGUGCUGAGCGUUGCCUCCACCCCGGAUGGUAACUACAUCUUGUCCGGCUCGAAGGACCGAGGUGUGCGUUUCUGGGACCCACGGAAUGGCAACGCGCUUCUAUUGUUGCAAGGACACAAGAAUUCAGUCAUCUCUGUCGCCCCCUCACCCGUUGGAGGGCUCUUUGCCACCGGGUCUGGCGACAUGAAGGCCAGGAUCUGGAGCUACCGCCAUCGAUAGUCGGGAGGGCGUAUGGUCCCAGUUAUUGAGUAUCCAGUCUGGACGGGAAGUGGAUACAAAUCGAAGAGGAAAUGAGCAGGACUCAGGUGUUGGGAAACUUCGGGGAAGGCCUGCAAAGGCGCGGUGGAAACGGGGUUUGGGCACGCAUCAUCAGGUAUUCUCUGCUGCGUCUGAGCGGGGUGGGAGUCGGAGCGUCCAGCUUAAAGUAUGCAACUCGGUUGGUGCAUUGCAAAAUGACAAAAAGCACGUGUAUCCUGUAAACCUGCUACUUUACAGAUUCGGAUCAACGCUAUGGGUGAAGCUAGAUUGUCGGGGUUGUUCGAGCAAUGAUGUGCGGCAGGGCGGUCAUCGGUUCGCGCGAUUAGAGUUUGAGCUUUGUUGGAGAUCGACCUCCGG